UAGAUACCAUAAUUGAAAGUUAUGUCGAAACUACCUAAAUAUUGGUUACUUACAUAAAUGUUAAAAUAUUUGUAAUUUGAUAAAAAAUGUUGAAAGGUAUAAGUAACAUCCACAUUCGGAAAUAACUGUAGUAUUGUCCCAUUAUUUCAACAAUGUAUUUGCUAAAGGAGAUCUUUUUGUUGUGCCUUUUGGUGGCCCUGGCAGUCGCAUUUCCAACCAAUCCGCUCGUCGAGGAACUGGAUAAUGACGUUGAAAGUGGAGCAAAAUCGUCCGGUCCACCUCUAGAGAGAAUCCGUAGACACUGGGGCGGAUCACAGAAUAAUUGGGGCGGAUCACAGAACAAUUGGGGCGGAUGGGGAGGCUUACCGAACAACUGGGGCGGAUGGGGUGGUAACAGCGGUGGAUAUCUCGGGUUCAGCGGAUGGGGAGGUUUCGGCAACGGUAACAGGUUCGGUCAGGGUUACGGCAGUGCAUACGGUGGAUGGUGGUGAAAUGUGAAAUGAUAAUUCAUCGAAGUAAAAUACAUUUUACAAAACUAUUUUAACUGUUAUUAAAAAUAAUAGUAAUCAAUGUUAAAUAAGCUAAAAUGUGUAAUUGGAAUAAAAAGAAUUAUUUUGGAACAUUUUGGUGUAUAAAAAAUUUAAAUAAAUAUUUUUUAUUGAAAAA